AUGCGAGCUGGAGAGGACGUGGCGCGGCCAACCUUAGCCGAAGGGGAUGUGAAGAAAGAGAAGACCUUGCAACCCGGACACCAGGGCUGGGCGGCGAAGUCUGCAUAUCUUGAGGCCAAGUCGAAGAAGCGACAUCUCGCCUAUCUCAAGAUCCUGGCGGUCGAGGAAAAGAAGGAAUAUCCAGAGCAUGAAGACUUUCACGUGGCUCUUCCUUUGGGUGAUCCACAGUGUUCUCCGGUUUGGACCGCCGUGGUCCAGCAGCUAGAGAUUGGCGAGAAAGCCAAGUUCACCCUCUCUCGGAAGGUUUUGGGCUCAGGCAAGGAAGCGCAGUGCUCAAAGACACCCACGUUGCAAAAUACCAGGCUUCGGGUCCUUGAUGUCGAGGAUGUGAAUGAAGACUUUCAGCAGCUCCUAGACAUUGAGAGCAGUGGUGGAAAGGAACGGGCUGAGGACCUGGACAAUGUAGCUGUGCACUGGCGAGUGCGGAGGUGGAUGCCCGAGGGCACCUUUUGCAUUGCCAGCAGUCGGGAGCGCAUUGCUAUUCUGCCUGGCUAUGGGCUGGUACCCAUCGAAGAUCAGAAUGCACCACCUGUACAGAUCGCUGUCGGCGAAGGCCAGCAGGAAGCGGUAGAAGUGAUUGCUGCGAAAGUGGGUCCUGGUGGCCAGGGCCAUCUCUACUUGAAGAGCCAGGCCAUGAAGGCAAAUCGACCCGCUGGAUGCGUCAUCAUGGACGUUGAGGUCGUUGCCAUGGAUCCAUGCAGGGGUCCGGGCACUCCAGGCUGGAAGGGGUGGCAAAACCUCAUCAACGAGCGGGAAAUCGGUGACCAGUGGCUAGAUGAAGCUGACGGGCGAAGGAAGCAAUUGGAGACCUUUGGCACCCUGAGAAAGUCGACAGAGGACUCCAAAGGUGCAGAAGCACAUGUGGCAGAACAGGUCCACAAGUUCGCUUACAAUGCUGAACGUCGAUACCGACGCGGCUUGAAGUGGAUUGAGAUGGGCCAUUGA